UCGAUGGGUGGUGAAACAGCGCGGGAUUCAACGGCCAGGUUGGCUAGUCGCAUGUGCACGACAGAGAAGGAGUGUGCACUUGAUCAUCACUGUACAGAAGAACGGCAAAACGGCAUAUUCCAAUUUUCUGUUUUUAUACUUUUCUUCUUUCCUGUUGCGUCGUCUAUAAUGAACUUGGCGUAAAUAAAAUAUCUUUCUGCGGCCAGUCGCUCGUUGAACUUGAACCAGAAAGCAACGAUAUCGACAAGGAAGUUGCGCUGCAGUAUUAAGUUCAAAUAAUCUGCGUUAGAUAUUCGGAAAAUAUGGUCAGAAUUUUUCUGGUGUUUUUAUUACUGGGAACGGUAGUACUGGCGGGACCGGUGAUUCGUAACGAUCACCAAGCAUCGAAUACCAGUGAGGAUGACUCAGCACAAGAAGGUGGCAUCAGUUCAUCUCCAGAUGCUAGUGUUCCAGAAAGUAGUUCCGAGGUAUCGAGCAGCAUAAGUGAAACUUCUUCCAACGCGGUUGAUGCUGAAGCGCAACCAGAACCCAUCGUUCCAGCGCCCGCCGAGCUGUCAACUAGUUCUUCAGUGGAACAAACUACAACGACAGUUGCCGCUCCAACGACAACUAAAGCGCGUAAAACAAUCACUUUCGACCAACGCCAGCAGGGAAAAUUCAACAUUCGAGCCGAUUUGGAAAACUUUGUAAUCGUUGUGGUUCCAUCAUCUCCAUCGGCUGGAAUAUCUCUCCUGGAUUUAUUGAAUCGUUCCGGUCAGAAGCACUCCCAGAAAAAGAAGUCUGGUCAUCGUAAAGGUACUAAGAGCCAUGGCGCGCAGAAAAAAGUGCAACGUAUCGCUCCCGAAGUGGUUGUUCUUGAUGAUACUCAAACACAGGCCAGAGUAGAUAACGAUGAGUUUAUCGAGGGACGCACCCCGUAUAAGGUUGAUAUCUCUAGCACAGCACGUAGCAGCAAUUCCGCUCUCCCUUCCCCGAUUUAUCGCGUCGUAAGACCCCUCGCAUUCAACGUAGAACAGCCAACAUCAUCGAACAUGAUUCGCUUUCCCGCGCCAUCAGGUAAUUAUUAUGCUAGUACCGUAAGAGAGCCAAAGUCAUUACCCGGGUUGGCGACGUACGACGAUGAAAUUAGAACUAAUACCGUGUACACUAUACUAACCAAUAACAACAACGGUGACGGUGGUAUCGUUCGUAGCGAGGAUGAUGGUAUUGACGAUGAUAAUCACCUGAUGCUGGAUGCACGGACUUAUCUUGAUUUACCCGCUUAUCCUAAUUAUUCCUUCGAUAGCCUAGAGUAUCCACGGUCUGAUAUCGACAUGAUGAAACUGCAGCUGCAAAAUGAAAACGACGAACCGAACGGUGACGGAUGGGAGCUUAAGCUUCUCGGAGCCCAGGAACAGUGUGGCCCUGACCGCAAGCGUGACAGCUACGGCGUGUGUCAAUUCGUAAUGCCCUAACUCGUAUCGUGUCUUCCCUCCAUUGAAUUAGUCAAUAAGAGUUAUUUAUUUUAUCUGGCGAUUGAUCGUUUAUUUAUUAUCAUAUUUAUUGUAAAAAUAUGUCAUAAGUGCCAAAUAAAAAGAAAUUAUUCUUAUGAUUUAAAA